ACCCGGAAGCGGAAGCGUUUCCGGUUACAAUGGCGGCAAAAUGAAAAAGUUAAAAACGGUCGACUUGUUGCCGUGUUUCUUUUCCCAAAACAGCCUGCUCAGGUGCAACUAAACGACUCGGCUUUAGUACAAUCACAUAUUUACUUCACCUUUUGGACAACAACUGGACUGUCGAGUGUACCGACAAGAUUGCCAUAUGUUUUGACAGGUUGAAAGAGAACAUGGGUUGAUGAUCACUACCCAGAGCUAAUUCGAGAGGUGAGUAAUAAACUGGCGAGGAUGAGCAAGUGGGGACAGCGGCUGAAGAAGGUGGAGCGGCUCGCCGAGACAUUCCAGAACAACCCCAUGGUCACGCCCUACAAGCCUCGACUGUUGCCUUGUCAGCCUUCCUCCGUCUGGAAGCUCUUCCCUCGUCAAAUUUUGGCGAUCAGCUUCGCUCAGAGCUGCAAAGAGCCUGUACAUGUUUUUGCACUUGAAAAAGAGAAGGCACUUCAGGGGCAAAGGAUCUUCCUGGUUACCAGUUAUACUGAGCUAUGGCAUUACUACAGGACCUACACUCAGUCCUUGAUGCACUGCUAUGAAGUGAUACCAGAGGGCGCUGUUUGCAAACUUUACUUUGACUUGGAGUACUACAAGCCCUCCAACCCAGAGGCAGAUGGGAACAAGAUGGUGUCAUUGUUAAUCCAGUAUGUCUGCAAAAAGCUUGAGGACAUUUACGGGAUUGAAUGCUCCGCAGAAAACGUGCUCAGUCUGGACUCAAGCACAGACGACAAGUUUAGUCGACAUCUCAUCUUUAAUCUCCAUAAUGCGGUUUUCAAAGAUAACACGCAUGUCGGUGCCUUCAUUCAUGCCAUUCUUCAAAUUCCAGGCCGAAGUUGUUUGAAUGGACACAGGGAAGCAGGAACAUGUGCCGAGUCGACAAGUCGAAGUCCACAGAACAAAAGACAGAAACACGAAGAGACAGACCUCAGCUUCCUUCAGGUGAAAGACAAAGAUUGCCGCCAUUCUCUCUUUGUUGAUCUUGGCGUCUACACAAAGAACCGAAACUUCCGUCUUUACAAGUCAUCCAAAGUAGGAAAAAACGCAGCUUUCACCUUAGCAGAUGACAACAGGUUCACUGCAGAAACCAAGAACAGUGUUUCUGCGGAGGAAAGGGUUUUUUUGGCGUCCUUAGUGUGCAACGUGAGUUUCACAGGCCAGAGAAUUCUUACAUUCCACGUCUCAGAAGCGAAGGACUUAAGGACCACGAGGGUUCAGAAUCAGCAAGGCUCGCCGCCUGAUCCAGGCUUACUCUCGGGCUGCCUGAGGUCUCCUCACCAGGAAAUGGACGACUUUGUAUUAACGGUGGUUAAAAAGGACGGCGUACAAGGAAGCAUCCGGCGAUGGUACUAUUUCGCAGCUGAGCAGCUGGUCGUCUACGACAUCGCCAAGUACCGCUGGUGUGACAACGUUGGAAGGUUCCACAAAAGCAACAACAUCAUGAUUGUGGUGGAUCUCAAAGAGGAAGUGUGGUACCAGAAGUGUCACGAUCCUGAUUGCAGGAACUAUAGAUCUUCAAGUUAUCCGCUGCCACAGGAGAUAUGCAUCAGCUAUGCCAUGAUGCUGGAUGAGGAGAACCAAGCAUACAUGAUGGACGAGGUGGGCAACAUUGAACCCAGUCAGCCACCAAAGCAUGUAUCCCAGGAAAUGAAUUGGGAUGAGGGAUCGGCUGACGUGUGGGGAAGAGCUGACGACGACCAGCAGUUCUCAAACUGCCUUGACGACUUUGAACUAAACAGCAGUGAAAUCUCAGACGAGCUUCUUCUCAGCUGCAUGGACCAUUUCAAUUCGCAGUAGAAGGUAGUCGAAGACACGCACUUUAUUGCAAACUGAAGUCACAUUUGUACAAGCACACAACUACACACUUGUCCUUUCGGUGUUAAACAAACACAAUAUAAUUUUAACGGUGUGCACAAUUCCACACGUCAUAAUUUGCUUUAGUGUGAUGAAAGCAGCAUUCAUUUAUUUCAUCAACCGCAACCGAUCAAUGCUUGGAUCAGAAGCAUUCAUCUUAAUAACUCCAUAUGCAUUAAAUCGGUUACUCCUCUGACAAUCCACAACAUUGAAACGGGAAUGCAAAUAUAUUUAAACAGUACUCUGAAUUCUUAUUAGUCGUCACAAUAUUAGGCACAAUUCAGUUAUUAUUCACCAGAAACACAAUUUAUCCCUUAAAUGACUUAAUUAAAUAUGAACUAUAAUAGCAAACCAAAACAUGAAACAAAUAUGGAUUAUUUUCCAGAUGUUCAGUUUACAGGAGUCAUACUGUAUUUGCCCACUGUACAUUAUAACUUUUAUCCUAGGAUAAAUAAAACUACCGGUACUAAUAUGUCAGGACAGUCAAGUGUUACAGAAGGAAAAUUCACUUUUCAGUUGUCACCAUUCAGUUCCUUCAAAACCAAAUACUGCAAAAAAAUGUCUGGAUUGUCACUGUCAGAUAUGUUCCCGUUCAACUGUCGCCCUCCACACAGACUUUUAGACCUUAACGCUGGCGUAGAGUUCGUCUAUCUGUGCUCUAAAGUAACUCCGAAGCUCUGCCCUCUUUGCCUUGAGCGUCGGCGUCAGCAGGCCGUUCUGGACAGAGAACAUCUCUGGGUGCAAGGCGAUGUCUCUCACCUACAAUGAAGAAUAUAUGAACACAAUACAACUAAAAAAGCUCUGAUUUGUUUUUUUUGUUUUUUUGAUAGCUCAUAGAAAAAGUAGUUUUAGUUCUGAGCUUUACUAAGUCAAAUAUUCUUUUGAAAUGUGAUUUAAAUACUGCUUGAUGAUAUGUUCAAUCAAUUAAAUUUUAAUAUAACAAUAACCUGUUCAAAAGACUUGAGUCCACCUUCUUUGCCCAGCUUCUGGAUGUCUUCCAAAAUAGCGUUCUUAACAUCCUGCGAGCGAUCAUAACAAAUAUUAGCUUGCAUACAAAGUGAAAACCAAGUCUUCCGGUUGGCAAUAAACUCACUUUGCUCUUGCACAAAUCCAAAUAGGAGCCUGUAAUGCCUCUUCUUGUCAGCCAAAUGGUCAAAAAGUCAGGAUCGGGCACUACUAUCCCCACCAGGCAUGCCUUUUGAAAAAAAAAAACAAGAUCAAGUCAACACACUAUUCAAACAAGUUGUAUUUGGUUUGGACUGGUAACGUGAUGACAACUGGCCUGCAAGCUGUCACCGUGCACAAAUAUCUGAGCCACGGGGUCACUGCGGUUGUAGAUGUUUUCGAUUUUCUCAGGUGCGAUGUACUCUCCCUGCGCCAGCUUGAAAAUGUGCUUCUUCCUGUCGAUGAGCUUCAGAGUGCCGUUCUGCCAAAGUGGGGUGGAGGGGGAAAAAGCCGUGAAAAGUGACGCACUUGUGUUGUCCUUCUUUGGAGAAUGCUGUCAUCCUCCAUGCGAACAUUGAUGUGUUUGGCUUACAGGAAGCCAUUUGCCAAUGUCCCCCGUGUGUAACCAUCCGUCCUUGUCGAUUGCCUCCGCCGUUUUCUCAGGGUCGUUCAGAUAUCCUAGGAAUACGUUUGGACCUUUUACACAAACCUGACAACAGAUUGGAGAAAGAGACAGUUUAGUAUUUGCAAACUUCAAGCGCAAUAAUAAACCUACAGCCACACCAAAAGUGACAACUCUCAUUGUACAUUUGUUUUCAAAAUAGUAAAUGAUGUGUUAAGCUACUUAUAUUGUUUUGUUGGUUUAUUGAAA